ACAUUUAAAAUUUUUACUUUUAACAGAAAUUAGCAGAGUACGGAAAGACAUGUACAAUGACACAUUAAAUGGCAGUACAGAGAAAAGGAGUGCAGAAUUGCCUGAUGCUGUGGGACCUAUUGUUCAGUUACAAGAGAAACUUUAUGUGCCUGUAAAAGAAUACCCAGAUUUUAAUUUUGUUGGGAGAAUCCUUGGACCCAGAGGACUUACCGCUAAACAGCUUGAAGCAGAAACUGGAUGUAAAAUAAUGGUCCGAGGCAAAGGCUCAAUGAGAGAUAAAAAGAAGGAGGAGCAAAAUAGAGGCAAACCCAAUUGGGAGCAUCUAAAUGAAGAUUUACAUGUACUAAUCACUGUGGAAGAUGCUCAGAACAGAGCAGAAAUAAAACUGAAGAGAGCAGUUGAAGAAGUGAAGAAACUACUGGUACCUGCAGCAGAAGGAGAAGACAGCCUGAAGAAGAUGCAGCUGAUGGAGCUUGCGAUUCUGAAUGGCACCUACAGAGAUGCCAACAUUAAAUCACCAGCCCUUGCCUUUUCUCUUGCAGCAACAGCCCAGGCUGCUCCAAGGAUCAUAACUGGGCCUGCGCCUGUCCUCCCACCAGCUGCCCUGCGUACUCCUACGCCAGCUGGCCCUACCAUAAUGCCUUUGAUCAGACAAAUACAGACCGCUGUCAUGCCAAACGGAACUCCUCACCCAACUGCUGCAAUAGUCCCUCCAGGGCCUGAGGCUGGGUUGAUCUACACACCCUAUGAAUACCCUUACACGUUGGCACCAGCUACAUCAAUCCUUGAGUACCCUAUUGAACCCAGUGGUGUUUUAGAGUGGAUUGAAAUGCCAGUCAUGCCUGAUAUUUCAGCCCAUUGACUUGCUGGAUGAAGGACUAGAACACAGCAGCUGUUCUAGCACGACCAGUCAGUGUGGGACAGCUGUUUCCACGCAGCCCUUUUGUUUCACCAGACAGAAUCUGAACACUUUCUUUCCUGAAUUGUAUAUGACUUGGUGCUGCAUGCAUGCUGUUGACUUUUAGGACUUUGUUCUUUUAAAGUUUAUUUUCCCCAAGCAUUAAUAUUGAUUUAUAAAAAUUUGAAAAUCUUUAAUGAACCCGGAUAUUAAGAUUUAAGCUCGAAAAUUCAUUGUUCAAUUAAAGAAAGUCACAAUGCUCUGUAUGUUAUCUGUGUGUGUGCAUGCACUCAGGUGCCUUUUGUUUUAUGAACAAAUACAUUUUAUUGUACAUGUUUUCUGUCUAAAUCAUUGUAUAAAGUAAUUACAGGUCAGAAGUAUACCACAGAAUAUUGAUGAGAGGCUUGUUUCUGUUGCACAUUUCUUGAACAUUUUUGAAAUAACAUGUAACCUGUAACCUUAUUUAAGUUUUCCUUUCUAUUAAUACUUUCUCCUGUGGCCCCAUGCAUGCUCCUUCCCCCUAGAAAUCCUCUCUGCUGCACCCACAGCAUCUGUUCCCGAGGAGUUAGGACCCUUAAUUUUCUGUAGGGCUGAGGCUCUUAGCCACCAGCUACUGUUCCAGGACUUUAGAGUCCAAGAUCUCCCUACUUUUGCCAUGUAGUAUUACACUUGUAUACAAUUAGUUUAUCCAAGAUGAAAAAGGGGGUGAUGGACCAGUUUACUGCUUAGAAACAGCAAGAGGCACUGCUGUAAACUUUGUUUCUUAUUAUAAACUAACAUGCUUUUGUUUCCAUUGGGAAAUUUUUCAUUGUUAAGACCCACUUAUUAGACUGGCAAAAUUAAGAUCAAAAACGGAGAUACUUAUUUGGUAUUCAUAAGGUGAUUAAUAACAUGCACCAAAUUGGGAGGGGGCUAUCAUAAUCAGUGUUAUUUAUUGCUUUGCUACCUAAGCAGUAAAACAUGAUAUUGACCCCUAGGAGAAUAGAGGGGAUUAUUAUAAAUUACCAAGUUACAAUAAAUUUGCACACAGAUAACAUGCAUGCUAUAUAGCAAAUCUCACAUUAAAUGAUUUUAAAAUAAGCAGUGCCUUUCAAAACAGAUGCAGACAUGUGUGUUGGUGGUAGUGAGGAGAUUGGUAUUAGCAUCAAAUCUUCAUUGAUGACUAAUUUUUAAUUCCCUUCCUUUUAUCUUUAGGUAUGGCUUUCCCAGCGAAAGGCUAAGAAUUCAAGAUCGGUCUUAACUGAACCCUCAUCAGAUCUGAAUUUAACAAAUGCUUAGUCUCAGCAGCCUCCGGGGAAAAAGCUUAGCCUAGCAGUCAGUGGCUUACUUGCACUUUUUGCACAUAGAUAUAAAGUAAAACCAUGUUAUUAAUUUGGUUUAGUCUGUAAUAUGACAAAGUAAUGGUAAUUUAUAAAGGAGUGUAUAGUAGUGUACUGACUGCUAAGUGUACUAUACUGUUUGCUUUACUAAUCACCUAAUUCAUUGCAGUUCAUACUUAUUGACUCAAAGUUUUAAACCACAAUCUGUAGGCUUUAAGAAUUGCUUUUAAACCUUUUUAAAUAAUAAACUCUGGAAGUGGUCUUAAGGUUAGCAAAUAAUUGUCAGUAUUAAACAUGGCAUUAUUUAAGUAGUCCUGCUGCAAGAAAGGCACUUCAGUGAAUAUGUGACUAGUAAAGCUCAAAUAUGUUUGGAUCUAAUAGAGUUCACGAAAUACUGUAACUUGGGGAUUGUAAAUGAAUGGAUAAAAUAGGUUAAGGCCAACAUGUUUGAAAUGAAUGCAAUAUUAAUAGAUGCAUAUAUAUGUGACAUAUAAUGGUUAAUUUUAAAACUACUGUGCCUUAACGUGUUUCUUAAAACAAACUUUUGUAGUAAAUGAACAUUUGAAAGAAAUCCAUUUUGAUAAACCUGCUGUUAAUGUUUUUUUCCCCUUCUGUAUGUUUUCUAACUUUGUCUUGGUAAUUGCAAUUUAACUAGGUGCGGUGGCUACUAAAGUUCGAAGGCACGAUAUGCGUGUCCAUCCUUACCAAAGGAUUGUGACCGCAGACCGAGCCGCCACCGGCAACUAACCUAUGACCUUCUGACCUCUGAACUCUUCACCCAAUGAUGACCUGACCAUGCCUGCCUGCUGAUCAGUUAACUGGUAAUCGCCUUUGCUUGCCUGUCGUCAGUGCAGCGAGCUGAGGCACUUGUCCGUUCGUCUUACCAUCUAACCAAACAAAAGACAAAGAAAUUGUUGUCCUCCAACUCAGCUUUUUCCCCCCGUUUGGGUGAAAGUGGUUCUAGAACCUGCACUGAAUAGUAGUAAAGCAAUAAGGCCCAAUUCAUCCCACAGCACUGAUCAUCUUUCAAUGUCCCACCCCAAGCGAACGGUAAGAAGGCCUCCUUAAGAAGGGAGACAGAUGGCCCUUAACUACUCAGUGACAGAGGCAGUUACUGUGAGAGACUUCUAGGAACCUUUUCUUCUCAUAGCGAAGUCAAGCUCUCUCUGAAUGUACUGUGUGAUGAUGCAUCAUGCAUGAACCUUUGGUCAGGGAAGUCAUUGGUGAAGUGAUUCAAAAGUAUUCAAAAUUUGAUAUACUGUUCAGUCACUACAGUGCCCUCAAAGGGCAGAAGUUGCAGCCUUUUUUAUAUUGCCUGCCAAAUUUGAAGUAUUAGAGGACUGUGCCAUGAAAGAAAAACUUAACAAGAAGUUUUGAAAAGUAAUGCAAAGAACAAAACUGCAACACUAUUUUUUAAAAGAUGGAUAUCUGAGUUAAAAUUACAGAACCUUUAUUUUACACCUCCUUAAAAAUUUUUUUGAGAACAAGGUACAUGCAUUAUGUGUCACAUUACUGGGCAAACUGUUCAAGUAUUUUUUUUAAACCUCCCUGUAUAGAAAAAAAUCAUUAAGGAUGUAAAAGCCAUGCUUGCCUAUUUGCUGUAUACAUGUAAUGAAAUUGUAGAUAAAGUGUAGUGCAUUGAAACAAAUGAACAAAAAGUAGAUACUUUUACUAUACAAGGGUGCUGGUGCAGAAAAAAUAUAUAUAUUUUUGGAAAUGUAGCAUUUUAUACUUUCAAGUGUUAUAAAAAAAGAAAAAGAACAAAGAAACCCUUUAUUUCAUUAAAUGAUUUUUUCUGGUGGUUGUCAAGAAACAAAAGACCAAAAGAGCCUUUUUGUCUUUCUUUUUUAUUUUUUAAGUAUUGGAAUAAGUCUAAAGAAAAGAAAGUGCCUUAUUUUCCUUCAUGGUCAUUUAGUCAAGUGUCUUGUAAGAUCAGCUCCUCCCUCAAAAUAAAAGUAAAUGCAUGUUACUCAGUCGCCCAGUAUGUGAAAGAAGAUGAGAGGGGGACAAAUGAGUUGAGGGUUUGAAUUGUAUGAUUUGUGCCACGUUACCUUGAUGCAAAUUUGCCAAAUCUGAUACUGUGAAAAAAAAUUGAAUAACUUUUCUAAUAUCUGACCUAGUAAGUUUUUUUAAAAACAUAUCAUAAUUGAGUAUUUUUGGUUGUUACAAACUUCAAUGUUAACCUAAAGAAUUCUGAAAAAUUAUGUGAGAUCUGAACACCAGUUUACAGGCAAAAUUAAGCUUAUUGUAUUUGGAGAUGAGAGAUGCAUUGGAUUUUUUUCGUAAUGGAGAUAAUAGUCUACUUAGCAAACUUUUUCACAAAAAUGAAUUUUUUUUGUGACUUUCAUUCUGGAAAAAAUAGUGUUUUUAAAUGACCCAAAUUUAAUGAGACUUGUUUAUAGCAUACAGAUAGCUGGCAUAGUCAAAGUCCAUCUUCUGCUGGCUUUAGCAAUCUCCCUCCUUCUUCCCACAUAUGCCCUUUUUGCCACCUUUUUUAACUUCAAAAGAAUGUGAAAAAGUAGCAUCAUUGUGCAUAUGAAUACUGAACUAUAUUUCAGUUUAAGCUUCCAAUUUCUCACGAAGUGCAGUUUUAUAGUUGAAACAAUUUGCAUUUAAAGGCUACAUGUAAACACUUGAGGAAAUCAUUAACUGCUCAGUACCAGACGUGGCAAAUCUCAAGUGACAGUGGACUCCCAGCUCAUCAGCUCGUUCCCUCUUCCAUACCUUCACAGCUUCAUAGUCAAGGUCAGCAGGAAACUCAGUUGGCACCUUCAUGGUGACCUCUCCAUCAGCUGUCUGUCUCACUUGGAACCGUUUUCAGUUUAUUUACUAUGCAAUAGACAGUUGUUGUUUUAUAUUCAGCUAGUUUUGGUUUAAUGUGCCACUGCUCUUUCUGUUACACAUGCCAUUGUUUUGAUUUAUUUACAAUAUAUGCCUUGCCAUUUUGAUUUUAAUUUUGUUUGGUUGGUUGAAUAAAUUGCGACACUCAAACACUUGAGGUGAUAGUUAAAAUGAUACCAGUAUUUGAUCCAGCUUCAUCUCAACAAUGUUAAACCUGGACAUUUUAGAUGUUUAUCAAAGGUCUUUUAUGGGGAAGAAAGUAAACGUAUGAAAUAAUAAAAGUGUGACAUGAGUAAUGUUGGCUCUGAACAAACUUUUAAAAACUUAGUUGACAAAAUUUUGGAUCAACUUAAAAGAAGCAUGACUUUUGAAAUCUGAAUGCCUUGGUUCUCAGUAUUAUCAUUCUUUUUGAAUUUAUUUCUUAUUAAAGUAUGUAGUUUUUAAGACUUUUUUCUGACAGUAUUAUGUAAUUUUUAGUGUGGGUAGAUGGGAGUGUCGCUGGUAUGUUAAUGUACAGCUGACAUGUAUUUUUGUCUUCUUUAUUAUCUUAGUAGUUUUCAUGCUCUAUAUGUACCAUAACCAACCUAUUGCCUAUGAGAAACAUGUAAGAUAAUGUAUUUACAGCCAUUGUUACAAGUUUAUAAUGUAUUUUUCUAUCUUGUUUUAUAUGUAUGUUAUAUAACAUUCAAAAAGAAUUUUUUUCUUGAUUGAGAAAAGGAUACAAAAUGCAGAAUCCACAAUUUUGAUAACUGAAAAUUGCCAAUUGUUUUGCAGUACUUUAUUAUAUUGGGUGUCUUGUCUUUCUUGGGCUUUUAGUUAGCUGAUGAAUGAAUACAUUAAUUAGACACUUUUGGGUUUUAGUUGGGAUUUUACAUAGCUUGCAUUUUAAUUCUUUGGUUCUUUGCUGUUUCUAUUAACCCAUAGCAUUAUUUUAAUAAAUGUUAUAAUACCAACCUACUAACUCUGGACUAUGUCUGUUUAUUAACCUUUACAUGUUUAAUUAAAAUAAACAAAUAAAGACAAAAGAAUGUAAAGUCUUGAGUUCCUGGACUAACCCUGAAGACCAUGACCACAGAUAACAUAGCGUGACUUGUUUUGUGUUGUUUGUCAGCUGACAGUUUCGCACACUACUGUUCAAAUGGCUUUGGUUAUUCUGGCCUUCUACUUCGGGUGUAGGUGCCAGUGGGGAUGAGAACAAAGUAGCAUUCGUUCGAGGCAUUCUUCUCCUGGUCAUGCCACUUGCCUUUCAGCAUCUGCAUUACUAAUUCCACACUUCUUAUUUUUCCCUUCUCCAAAAUAAUCACUGUCUGCUCACAGCAUACAGAGUAGAGAUUCAAUGUGAUGACAUGCCCUGAGAAAACAGUUUUAUUCAUUGAACAUUCAUUUUAAUUUCUAUGAGUAGGUGAUUUUAUGGUCACAUCAUAAAGCAGAGAAUUUUUGUAUUAAGAUGUUUAUUUUAUAUGGUAUUUUUCCUUUGUAAAGCAUUGAAUUUGUUUAGCCAGCUGUUUCUUUUAGAGGAAUUGACGUAGGUAAGGCUAGAGGCAAAUUGGGUCUGUUUUUCCUAAUAGUGCAGAGUAAGAGAUGAGUAACCAGGAUGAUGCAGCCCCUCCUCUUCCUCACCCAGCCUUCAGUGAAUGAAUGAUGGAGAUUUUCUCAGGUGUUUUUUCUGACCCACUUCCAAAACACAGCCAAGAUUGAUGCAAGAAAUUUAAGAGGGAAGAACACUGAGAUUUGUAAUGUUAGGUGUGAUUAAUUUCUUGCAUGCAAAUCAAUCUGAGAAGAUUUCUUAAAUAUCCUGCUUUUCGUGGCCUGUGUAAGUGGACCUCUAAAUCUUGACUUCUUGAGGUGUGUUUAUGUCACAGAUUGGUAAUAGCCUUUUCUGUGAAACAAUUCUCCUGCGUAAGAAAAAAAAAAUUCUCAGGAUGAAUUUUGCAUUUGUAAAUAGUGGUUUAUUUUUGUAAAUUAUAUUUUAUUUAUUUAAGAGUUCUAAAAUUUAGGGCUGAAAUGAGUUACAUGUAAUAGUCAUAAUUAUAUCAAUGUGCUUCUAACCAGAUUAUCAAGAUAUUUCUUGUUUCAUAUAUGUAUAUGCAUAUAUGAAAUUAUCAGAAUAAUUUCAUAUAUGCAUAUACAUAUAAUUUAAUAAUUUAAUCACCAAUGAAAAGGUCAUUUGGGUUAUGUCAUUUCUCUGAUGGAAAGAGUAGGCAGUGUAUCAUUGUUAGGUAGGCAGAUCUUUAAUAUGCUACUUACCUGUUGAAGUUCACAUUGCCAUAACAAGUUUUCAUGUAUCAUUCUGUGAAAAUUUGAAGAUGCCUGUCAAGCUGCUAAUACACCAGUUGUGGUACCAUGUCACUUAAAGUGAUGAAGAAUUUCUAUGCAACUUGCUAUUCUCUGAAGCCUAUGAAUGCAGUCUCAUCUCAUUUUCAGUUAAGGGUACUUUAUGUAUAAUUAUGUCAUAUUGUCACCUUUUAUGUUGAAAAUGUUGUAAAAGACAGUUUUAAAGGGUGAAAAUAAUACUGCAAAUCCCAUUUUUAUACAGGUCGCAAUAAUAUUAAACAUGAAACUAUCAAGUUGC